ACCAACUCACGGUGGCUUUCAAAACAAGUGCUUCUCCAGGGAUGUAUGAGUCAUGCGAUCCUAUUUGACCACACUGGUCACCAAUCAGUCUGAUCGGCGAGUCUGUCGUCUUAAAACCAAAGCGGGGACAUUGUCAAAGGCAUAGAUCGUCGGCCGGUGGACUGAACAUUGGUACUUGGCAAGCAACAGUGAGUCGACCGCAUGGAGCAAGCCAAACAGGAAGCUUUUGACAAAGCCCGGCUGCAGGUCAUCCAGGAUGGCUACGAGCAGGCUUUCGAGUGCAUCAAUCAGGGUCUGUCGGAGGACGAAGCCGGGCAACGAGCGCAUGCUCUGGAACUCUACCGGCAGGGCCGGCAGCACCUCCUGCGGUCCAUCAGCGUGCCCUCGAAGGGCGUGGAGUGCGUGGGCAGCUCCUGGGACUCAGCCCGGCAGAUGCAGCAGAAGAUGCAGGAGACCCUGAACAACAUCACCACACGCCUGGCUGCCCUGGAGACAUCAGGAGAGCCUGAGGGGCCCGCUGACGUCCCUGCUCCCCUCAGCGCCCCUGUCGGGAAUGGGGCUUCCUCUCAGGGGCUGUACCCUCAUCUGCCCAAAGAGAAGCCGUCACGGCCUCUUCCCCCUAAGGUGGCGAGCGCCAGUGGCCCGCCGGCUGGUGCCUCCUCAGGUAAAGGCAGUGGAGCUCCUCUCCCGAUGUCUCCCACAGCUUCAGCGUCCCCAUCCCAGCGGCUCCAGGGCGAUCUCCCCCCUGUGUACUCCCCCCAGGCUGCCGACGGUCACAUGUCCAUCUCCUACGGCACGGACGCUGGGGAGCGGUCCCUGGUGGGGGAUGAGUUCUACAGCCACGCUCCUCCGUCACCCCGUCAGAGCUUGGGGGAGGAAGGCGAGGAGAUGUUCUUCCUGCCCCACGGGGUGCAGAUCUUCUUCGUGACGCCCGAGGGGCAUGUGAGCGCGCCCUCGUACCCGGGGUACCUGCGAAUUGUCAAGUUCACCAACGAAAGUUCUGAGAGGAUGCCACACCGUCCACCUGCCUUCCUGCAGGUGUGUGACUGGCUCUACCCUCUGAUGGCCACCGACUCGCCGGUCCUGCUCUGCAACACGGGCGUCUUCAUGUUCCCGGACAUGAUGGCGCCGCUGCCGGGCUCGUACGUGGGCGUGGUGCUGUCGUCCGAGCUGCCCCUAGCCGAGCGCGAGCUCUUCUGCGAACUGCUCACGCAGCUGACCGACCUCCGAGUGCAGGUGAGCGACGUCGGUGCCCCCCCGCUCACUGUCCAGGGGUCGCCCGCUGGUGCCGGCAGAACCACCACCAUCGCCCCUGCCCCCCCUCUCCCACCCAAACAGGCCCCAGGGGCGGAGGCAGAUGCCAUCAACCUUGGCCAGAAGGUGCCCCUGCAGACCCCGGAGUCAGCAGCGCCCCCCGAAGGAGACGAGAAGACACUGCCCGAGUGGAGCGAGAAGGUGGCUCACGGCAUCCUCACAGGGGCCUCAUGGCUGAGCUGGGGCCUGGUGAAGGGGGCGGAGUACACGGGGAAGGCCAUCAAUGUAGGAGCCUCCAAACUGCGGGAGCACAUCACCCCUGAGGACAAGCCCACCCACGUCAGCCCCGGCGUCACCAAGAGCCUGCAGGUGGCCAAGCAGGCCACCGGCGGAGCGGUCAAAGUCAGCCAGUUUCUUGUGGACGGGGUGUGCACGGUGGCAGGCUGCGUUGGGCGAGAGCUGGCGCCCCAUGUGAAGAAACACGGGAGCAAACUGAUCCCGGAGUCUAUGAAGAAAGACAAGGACGGCCGUUCCAACAUGGACGGAGCCAUGGUGGUGGCUGCCAGUGGCGUGCAAGGUUUUGCUACGGUGUGGACAGGCUUGGAAGUGGCAGCUAAAGAUAUCGCGAAAAAUGUUGGAUCAGAGACGGUCACCACAGUCAAACACAAGUACGGGGCAGAGGCUGGACAGGCCACCGACCACGCCGUCAACUCGGCCAUUAACGUGGGCAUGACCGCCUUCAACAUUGAGAACCUGGGCAUCAAGGCCAUGGUGAAGAAGACAGGCAAGCAGACAGCUGUCGCCAUUCUGGAGGACUACAAGAUCCAGGAGGGGCCUGGGCCAGCGAAACUAGUCGCGAAACCAGCCGUGAAACCAGUCGCGAAACCCCAGAAAGACCCCAAAAAGUCAUGAAUAUCUCUUCACAACCCCACUCCCCUUAUUGUUGUGCUAUUACUCCAGAGAGCCUUAAUAUAUACCUAUAUAUCAGUAUAGUAAUUAUAAAAUCUUUAUCUAUAUUCAUAUUUUAUGAAGAUAUAUUUAUUUUAAAAAGACAUUUAUUUAUAUUACUCAAAUAUUUUCUAUUUGCCUACUACACCUAGUUUGCUGAUAUGGAUUUUUAGAAUUAAAAUGUCUUACUGCAGUUUGAUAUCACAUCCUGGAGCACUUUAGCACUUGUUAUGAUGAAGGAAGAGGUAAGGACCAGUAGGAUUUAUUUUCUUUCUUUUUUUUUCUUGGCUUUUUUUUUUUUUUUGUCUACACUGUUUUUGGUAAAGUAUCAAGUGGGAUCAUGGGCAAAAUGAUGUUUUUAAAAUGUUGUGAGACCACCAUAUAAUAUCAGGAUAACUACUGACACCUGAUUGCGAUGGCCUUGGUACUCUAAUCUGACAGGGACAAACGGUAACUACAGUAACGUUAACUACAUGUUCUAGAGCCUUAACACAUUUCAGGUUUAAUGGACCGAUAUCACCACUAACACCUCACUUUAGUCCUGACUGUAAAUUGCAUACUGUCAAUAGAUGUGUUCUUCUCAUUCUCACUGAUAAACUGAAGACAUUUGAAAUAGCUGCCUAGUGAACAUGAGUUGGACCAUAGAACCUGACAUUUUUAACAUUUUAAGCUGGCUUUUUAACCUGUGAAGAAACAUGUGCGUUUGACUUGAUGCAGUUGAUGUGUUGUCUCAUUGCACGCACACUUACUGAUGUGUGCUAAAAUAGUUAUUCCUGAACUGCAAUGUUGUGUCCACUAAAUGUGAUGCUCAUCCACCCGAUGUGUUGCUAAAUUGAAAGCCUCUUGAAGGUGAAGGUAUAAUAAACACCUGUUUGAAGACA